CUCUUGUGAGUAGGAAGUUAGUUGAGCACUUUCUGUCUUUUCUUUCGUCUGUGAAAUGGCCAGACUGUUGCUGUAUCUCGUGCUUGUGUUGCCUUUCCUGAGGGGAUCUGAUGGGGCGUGGAACCAGAGACAGAUUCGUAAGAGGAUUCACCAGCUACGUGAGGUCCAGUACUUCAAAUCUUUCUACACUCGCCUAGGCAUGCCGAGAGGUGUGCCUUAUAAGCCUGCAGAUGAAGGCUACAUCACACAACCUUUGGACCAUUUCAACCGAAGAAACAAUGCCACCUACAAUCAGCGGUACUGGGUCAAUGAAGAGUUCUGGCAGCGUCCAGGUGGACCUGUGUUCCUAUUUAUAGGUGGAGAAAGUGCCGAAUCUGAAUAUUCUGUCUUGGCAGGAGAGCAUGUUGAGCUAGCACAGAAGCAUCGUGCACUCCUGGUGUCCCUUGAACAUCGGUAUUAUGGAGCCAGCAUUAACAAAGAUGGCCUCACCCUGGAAGGGAUCAGAUUUCUGUCUAGUCAGCAGGCACUAGCAGACUUGGCUUCCUUCCACUUGCUCAUCUCCCAGAAGUUCAAUCUGACCCAGAAAAACACCUGGAUCUGUUUUGGAGGCUCCUACCCCGGAUCCUUGUCUGCUUGGUUUAGGCUGAAGUUCCCACAUCUGGUGUACGCAGCUGUGGCCUCUUCUGCCCCCGUCAGAGCGGAGCUCAACUUCAUAGAUUAUAACAAGGUGGUGGCAAACAGCUUGUCAGACCCAGUCAUUGGAGGAUCUGAAAAGUGUCUGGACAAAGUGAAGGAGAGUUUCCGUGUAGUGGAGUCUCUUCUCACGGAGAAAUCUGUUACUCAGCUAGAGAAAGAUUUCUUCUCCUGUGCAGCUCUGCACCCACCCGAAGACUACAUGGAGUUUGUCAGCAACCUGGCCGAUAUAUUCAUGGGCGCUGUCCAGUACAACAAUGAGUCUCCGGGCAGUGACGUCAGGAAAAUCUGUGAGCGUAUGAUCUCAGCAAGCUCUGCCUAUGAAGGACUGAAAGCUGUAAACUCGAUUUACAUGGAAUUCAUGGGGCUAAAGUGUGUGGAAAACUCCCAUAAUAAAAGUUUAUCAGACUUGAAAAAAACAGAGCUGAGCCCAGUUGGGGUUGGGGAGCGGCAGUGGUAUUACCAAACAUGCACGGAGUUUGGAUACUAUCAGACCUGCGAUCAUGCUUCUUGUCCUUUCUCUCCCCGAAUAACCCUUCAGUUCCAGCUGGACAUCUGCAAAGAAGUGUUCCAGAUCCCAACAGAGUCCGUCUUGCAAGCUGUCCAAUUCACCAAUGAAUAUUAUGGGGCCGAUCACCCAAAAUCCAGCCGCAUAAUCUUCGUUAAUGGUGAUGUCGAUCCUUGGCACGCACUCAGUGUGCUGAAGAAUCAGUCUCACUCAGAAAUUGCCAUCUUCAUCAACGGAACAGCCCACUGUGCAAACAUGGGUCCAUCACGUGCCACAGAUCCUCCGUCUUUACAGAAAGCCAGAGAGGAAAUCGGCAUGAAACUUGGAGAGUGGUUAAAAUCUGCUCGCGAGGAGUCUUAGCCCAUCUUAUGACCUAUACUAUUUUAACAAGACAAUGGAGCGCCCAAAGAACAUUUUUGCUUGCACUGGAAAUCGUUCAAAACCAGCACUGACUAGUCAGUCUGCCAUAAAUAUUUUUUUAGAUUUAUAAAGGAUAUUUCCAUCUAGAAGCAAUCAUUCCAUAGAGGUAGGGGGGAGUCGGCUUUAGGCAGAGCAAUAUUGGCUUUUGCCUCUCCAAAAU